AUGAUGCAAAGGAACUCUAACGCCAUCACCACCACAAACAACAACAUCUCCAAUAACCCAUCAACGCAUCAAGCUUGUGCUUCAUGCAAACACCAACGGAAGAAAUGCAACAACGAAUGUAUCUUAUCGCCGUAUUUCCCAGCCCGCAAGACGAAAGAGUUUCAGGCCGUGCACAAGGUCUUCGGUGUCAGUAACGUACAAAAAAUGGUACGGACGGUGCGUGAAGAGGACCGUACCAAGCUGUCCGAUUCUUUGACAUGGGAAGCUCUAUGGAGACAGAAAGAUCCGGUCCUUGGCUCAUAUGGAGAGUAUAGGAGGAUUUGUGAAGAGCUCAAGUUAUACAAAAGCUUGGUUCAUAAUCAACCUCUCCUUGGAUGGGACAAUAAUCAACGCGUAUAUAACAACAACAACAACAAGACCGGAUUAGCGAUGAAUUCAAGUGGAUCGGGAGUGUUUAGUGGUAAUAACAAUGGUGCUGGUGUGAAUGGGGAGAUUGUCAACGGUGGAUAUUCGUCGAGGAAUUUGCAAGGUGGUUGGGAAAAUCCAAAGCACGAUCAAAGGCAACAAUGUUAUGCAGUGAUUAAUGGUUUUAAACAACAACACUAUCAUCUCCCACUCUAA